AUGGAUCUUGAGUCCACGACCAUCUCCGAAGCCGACUUGACGCGCCUAUUGCCUACCUGUCAGAGAUGUCGCCGGCUACGCAGGAAGUGUGACACAAACCUGCCAGCUUGUCGACUCUGUGAGAAGGGCAAGGCCGAGUGCACCUUCUUCGACCAUGCCUUGCAACAGACCUUACCACGAAGCUAUGUGCAUUCACUGUUGACCCGCCUAGGUCGUCUUCGCUCCGUCCAGGCCGCUGUAAAUGGUACCAGUGAACCGCUGGAUCCAUUUCGUCUUUCGCAUCAUCAUGAACGCAAUAUUUCUCUGGCUUCCACUCAUCUGGAUGGCCCGACCAAUGAAUGGGGAACCUAUACCAGCGAUCUGUCCUUCGACAAGCAUUUUAUUAUCCAACAUGCAAACCCAACCUGCUGGCAGUUUCUGGGCAGUUCUUCGCCAUAUGCCCUUGUUGUCGAGGUGCUCGUCCAUGCCCAGGCGAAGCUGGGACCUAUGGUUCAUCACCCAGAGUAUGCGGGUCCAGAGUUUUGGUUGAACGCUCAAAGUACUGAGGUUCAGCAACCUCUUCAGCCUAGACCAACCCCGUCUCGCUCGGAGAUCGAUAUGCUUAUCAAUCUGUACAUGUCCACAACCAACAGUCUGGUUGUUUUCUUUGAUUCAGAGGAUCUAAGCCAGGAUGUCGAAAUAUAUCUCCGUCACCACGGCUCUAAUGCCAAAUACCUCACCGGUAAGGAAGCACAUCAAUUCUUCCGCGUGACCAUGAUCUGCGCUGUAGCAGCUGCCAACAAAGCCCGUCAUCAUUCUAUCUAUGACACAGAGUCCAUGUCUUACUACACAGAAGGCCUUCAAUGCGUCGAAGAGGUCACCUCCGAUGUAUCUCCUGAUGCUCUCGAGGCCCUUCUCCUAUUGAUUAUGUUCACCUUAUUCUAUCCUAGAAAGGGCGAUAUUUGGAAGCUCCUCGACUUUGCCUGCCGCCUGAGUGUAGAGCUGAGCUACCACACGGAGACAAACGAUGAAUACGAAGAUGAGAAGGCACGGAGACGGCGACGCUCCAUAUUUUGGGGUCUGUAUACCAUCGAGCGUACCGUAGGCCAGCACUUAGGUCGCCCUUCGGAUCUCACCGAGGAAAUAAUUACCGCUGAAUACCCAGCCACACUGAAUGAAUCUGCACUGGCAGAUCCAGACUCACUCCAGCUCAUACUCACUAGCCACUACUACCGUUUGACAUACAUCCGCUCCGAAAUUUUUCGAGAGCUUUACCUACCUGCUGUGGCACCCAAUCUACCCCGAAUUUGGUAUGAGCAGAACCUCGAGCGUAUCAUAGCCUGGCGUCGUGAAUUACAGUUCAUUGACACUGGCCUUGGUAUGGGUAGUAUGACCUGCGACAUGGGUUUUGACUCAUCGAUCUGCUUUCUUUUCCAACCUCUACUCCUCCGUGCGCUGGUUGCCACCAAAGACCACGUCCUACCACAAGAGGUCACAGAGAUCGUCCCCCGAGAAAGCUAUUACUCCGCUGUUCAUGUGGUAGAAUUCUACCACAAACUCUUCCGUGGCACAGAAGGCAGCCCCUGGGGCAUGUACCCAAUUACAAUAGUUUCAGCACAUUACAUCUUCCAGGCCACAAUCAUCAUAAUGGCGCACUGUCUCCUAGCAAUCGAUGGAAGGCUGCCAGUGGUGAGCUUCUCCCGAGAUUUUACAGGAGAAGCCCAAAGUGACCAGAUCGACUUUGCUGAGAUCCACGAGAUUUCCGGAACAUGUCUGAUUUUGUUGAACACCCUAGCCAAGAAAUGGGCUGGAAUGGUGGGUAUUCUGGACAUUUACAAGAGCCUGCAAGACAAGGUGUUGCCCAUAAUGAUGAGAAGUGGUCUUGGUUGA